AUGUCGUGUAUUACUCAAACGUACGAUGAAAGCUAACAAUUUAAUGGGAUAUUAGAGAUUCCAAAAGCGAGGUGCACAAGUCGAUUGGCGAAGUGCAUCAGGUGAUCAGCAGACAGGGGCAAGGAUGGAGCAAGGGUUCAGAGAGCUCAAGUCCGAAAUAAAACUAAAGGUUCGGCAACUUUGCUUCCUGCUUGGUGGGGCAAACGGUGGUAAGUACGAGUACAUUCUUAUUCAUGAACCCCCAUCCAUUCAAUACUAAUACCGUAUGCGAUAGGGUUCCUCACAAAAGCAUAUCUAGGUGAAUACGACGUGUCCGCCAGGAUGGGACCGGAAACAGCCCCUUCAACCAAAGUCCUCGUGGAGCCAGCGGUUGUGGAGUCAGCUCUGGUGGUUAAGCAAACGAAAUAGCCCAACAACCACACCUCCCAUUUCUACUUUCGGUAGCAACAACAACAAUAACGCAAACAUGGGCUGUGGUUGCUCCCGCCCGCGGGGGAGGCGAAGGCACAGACCGGCGGCCGUGAGACAAAAAAAUCCCGGCGCAGAAAUAUGUCCGAACAACUAGGGAACAAAGGUACCAUACCAUCAGCCUUCCGAGAGAUUUCCGGCAAAGAUCUAAUGCGCUAUUACAAGUAGGACACACAUCCAGGCCUUCUCGCAUAAUUCCCUAUUGCUGAAACACCAAGUUCACGGGCCGUAAAGGUCUCAUUGAGUCGCUAACGAGGUUUUCUGAGCAUAACGGGCGCACCCUGAUCGCACUUCAUGGAUUAGGCGGUUCCCGGUAUGUAUUCAUGAUCGCUAUUUUAGGGGUUUACUAACCUUGCUCAGAAAGACUCAGAUUGUCCUCGGAUACCUCUAUCGGCACGCAAGCGAGAGCCAUCGCGAUAUCUUCUGGCUGCACGGCAGUGGGGUGCCAAAAUUUAGUGAGGACUUCUGAGCUAUUGCACAACAUGUUCGGAUUCCGCCAGCCAGCGCCGAGACGGACGAAGAAGGAUUCCUAUUAAAUAGGAAGAGGUGAUUUGAAGGACCAGCCAGGAGGAGUAUUCAAACUUAAGAAGAAAAACAACGGUUGAGUGUGAAAAAGAAAAAAAUAUUAUUGGCUUGUAUAUAGUGUGACUUGGAUGGCCAAUAGAUAACUCAUAUGGAAAUGUUUGAAUGUUUGAACCUUGAGUCCCGUGAACGAAUAAGCCAGAUGUUAGACCAGUGGAAAUUUUUUAUUUCUCGCAACUAAUGCAAAGUAAAGUAAACAAAGAGGCCCUGAAAAUACUAAAGAUUAGAAGAAUACAUUUUGCAAGACAUCAAACGAAUACCACAAUGCCCCAAAAAACUCACAAAAGUACGGUUCAGAAAGAGCGUCAGGAGUUGUUACACGCGAGUUUCCUUUAAAAGAUCCUGUUCGAUGAUAAGGCUGAAGAGAUUGAAAGAAAUCAAAAUAGGAAUUGGGUACGGAUACCGGUACCUUCACUGCGGAUGAAAAGGAUAGUGAUAGCCCGAUCGAUGAAGAUAUCUCAGAACUUUGUGAAUCGUUAGCAAUUGCACUUCAUCAUAUUCAGUAUCUGCCAUUCAAGUUACAUAUACCACCUCUCCAAGCUUGUGAUUUUUUUUUCUUCUUUUCGG